UUCCAUUUUUAUUAAUAUUUCACUUUAAAAACUUUAGAUUUUAGAAGUAGAUACAGAUUUCUCUAUUCGUUUCGUUCUUCGUUUUUUUCUUCCAUUUCCAUCACUUUAUCAAGUAGAAAUCUUUUAUUUCUUUCAACAAUUCACCCCUCCUGAAAAUCAAAUCAACUAAAAUUUUGCUCCAAUUAGCUCUGAUUUAAUUUUAAUGUUUCAUUUUUGCUAUAUGAAUUCCUGAAAAUUGAAAUCAAUUCAAUAAAGGAUGGGGAUUUCAUUUAAAAUUUCUAAGAGAGGAACUAGAGUUAAGCCAAAGCCCGUGAACCCUAAAUCUAAUUCAACCAUUGAAGAUGAUGAACACCCGGUUGAAAUAUCCAGUAUCCCCUCCAAUAAUGUAUUAAAUGGGAAGCAUGAAGAUGCAGUUGGUCUCUCAGGUUCAUCCUUGUCAUCUGGAAGGCAUCAAAUUUCUGUUGAUGAUGAAGUUUCUUUCAUUCUGAACCUCUACCCUGAUGGAUAUACAAUUGGAAAGCCUUCAGAGAAUGAUAGUGAGCUUCAUACUGGUUUUCAAGAAGGUUCAAAGAUGUUACAUCCCUAUGAUCGGACCACGGAAGGUUUCUUCAGUGCUAUCGAGUCUGGUCGCUUGCCUGGCAGUAUUUUGGAUGAUAUUCCGUGCAAGUAUAUUGAUGGCAUUCUCACAUGCGAGGUCCACGAUUACAGAAGAUGCAGGUCUGAUUCUAGAUCCAGUCUUCCUUCAAGUAAUGGUUCUGCAACUAUCAACAAGGUGAAUUUAAAGAUGUCUUUGGAGAACGUUGUGAAGGAUAUUUCUUUAAUGGCGGAUGAUUCCUGGACAUAUGGGGAUCUGAUGGAAGUAGAGUCUCGAAUACUAAAAGCAUUACAACCAAAAUUGUGUCUUGAUCCAAAACCUAUGCUUGAUAGGCUUUGUGAGAGUCCAAUUUGUGUGAAGCUUGACUUGGGUCUGAUGGGAUCACGGAAGAGGAAACUGAGACAAAUUCCCGAAGAUAGCAUUACAUCAAUAAAUAGGUUGCAUGGAAAGAAAAUUUGCGUAGAUCGUACACCUAAUAACUCAAGCUACAGGAUUGGAGAGCAUGGGCCAACAUCAGGUGAUGUAAUGUUGCAGCAGGUCCAAGACAUUGUAGCUGCCCAAGGGAUGGGGAAUCAAAGAAACAUGCAUGAUUCUGUUUUGCAUACACCAGGAGCCUCUCAUGCUGGUCAGGAUAUGCCAAUUUCAUCAUAUGCUGAUAAUAUGAACUCCACUGUUCUUGGAAAAAUGGAUGAUCAAGAAGCGCGGUUGUCAUACUUUACCAAUCUUUGUAAGAGAGCAAAGCUUGGUGGUCCUGACAGUGUUCAUCACCUUGGCCUUCAAGGAUAUCAACUCAUGCAACAACAGCCUAAUGCAAGAGGGAUCGCCAAUCAGGAUGGUCUGAAACUGGAGAAGGCAGACUCCAUCAUGGUCAAAACUGAUAUGCCAAUAAUGGAAGCCGAAGGCAGUUUCAUGGACCCAAGAUUCCAGCAAAAGUUUCAGCAACAAUCACUCUUGAGAACUGCUAAUCAACAACCAGGCUGGAAUAAUCUGAACCAUCAAGUUGAGAAAGAAUUUAAAAAGGAAGAACAUUACCAGAAGAGGAAACUUAUCCAAAGUCCACGUCUUUCUGCUGGUGCUAUAGCUCAGUCACCAUUAACAGUGAAAUCUACAGAGGUGUCUUGUGGUUCAAUGGGGACACCUUAUGGGGCAGCUUCUUCAGCUGCUUCCCUUGGACAAUUGCAUAGAGAAAAAUCAGCUAUGGCAGGUAAUCCUGCAGCUGUUCUUAGUACAUCAAUAACCUCAAGUGCCAAUGAUUCCAUGCAAGCCCAACAUCAAGUACAACUUGGUUCGAAGAGAAGAUCAAAUUCUCUUCCCAAGACCCAAGUAAUAAGUGGAAUUGGCUCUCCUGCUAGUGUCAAUACUAUGGGUGGUUCAAUGAAUGCAUCAAGCCCAUCUGUGAACACCCCACAACUAAUUGAUCAAAGCAUGCAGGAUAGAUUUGCGAAGAUUGAAAGGGUAGCUAUGAGGUACCAGCUGAAUUGUAAGAAGAAUAAGGCUGAUUUAUAUCCUAGGAGACCUCAAACAUUUUCUUCUAAGGAACUUCAGAUCCGCCUUGCUAAUGCUUGCAAUGAUGAGUAUGCUAAGGAUGAAUUAUCGACAAGCAUGUCAAACUCACUACAUGGUGGGAACAUGAACUUUUGCAAAAUAAGGACUAUCACAGUGCAGUCUCAAGCAAAUAUGCUUCCAGCUUCAGUUAAAACAAAGCUGAUUAUGUCAGAGAAGCCAAAUGGCACAGUUGCAUUGCAUUAUGGAGAUUUGGAUGCUCAUGUUUUCUAUGAAGUGGAAGAUUACCUACCUAUACUACCAAAUACUCAUAUGGCGGAUUUGCUUGCAAUGCAGUUCGUUGCUUGGAUGGAUCGGGAGGGCUAUUUCAUUGAUGAUCAAGUCCAACUCAGACCACCUCGUAAUCCUAAUCUUUCAAAUGGCCAAUCAAAUGGAUCAGUUGUCCCUACUAGUGAUCCUGCUUCCGAAAUGCCAAUGUAUCCGGAAUCAGUUUCUGGGCAGCAGACAACAAUGGAGGCCAAGCCAAAUGUUUCUAUUUCUCCUGUGAGUUCAACACUGGAUGUCCUGCCGAGCUCUGGGAUGCUUCCUCCUGGAAAUUCACAAGCGUUGCAGAUGUCGCAGUCUCUUAUGUCAGGGGUAACAAUGCCACCUAGAUCACAACAGACGGACCCACAACUACCGCUUCAGCCGCAACAGCAGCCGCAACAACUGCCUCUGCAGAAUCAACCUUUGGUAUCGCAGCAACAACCUCAGUUCCAACGCUCUCCCCUAAUGCUGCCAACCAAUUCAGGGCCUCAAUUAAAUUCAUUUGGGCCCGGUUCGAAUUUGCCACUAGGUAAUCACAUGGGUAAUAAAGCUUCUUCUCUACAACUUCUGCAACAGCAACAUCAACAACAGACGCAGGCGCAGCAAACACAGCCCCAAAUGCAGCGCAGGAUGAUGAUGGGGCUUGGGCCAACGAUGGGUAUGGGGAACAUCGGCAACAACCUGGUUGGCCUUGGGGGGAUGGGUAAUGUUAUGGGGAUUGGUGGAGCAAGAGGUAUUACUGGAGCUGGAUUGUCUGCACCUAUGGGUCCCAUUUCAGGAAUUGGGGGCAACAUGAGUCAGAACCAGAUAAACUUGAGCCAAGCAAAUGCUAUAAGCCAGCAUCUUCGCUCUGGCCCUUUGAGUUCACCGCAAACGCAGGCAGCCCUUGCGCAACGACUAAAGUUUUUGCAUAGUAGAGGUAUAUUGGCAGGAAAUCAAUCUGGUAUAGGUGGUAUGCCAGGUGGGGCGCGGCAGAUGCAGCAAGGCUCCACUGGGCUCUCAAUGUUGGGUCAACCUUUGAAUCGAGGAAACAUCAGCCCAAUGCAACGGACUACAAUGAACCCGAUGGGUAUGGCUAGAUUAAUGCCGGGAAUGAAUGUUCCGUUAAGCCAGCAGCAACAGUUGCAGCUCCAACAAAAUCAGCUUUUGCAGCAGCAGCAGCAGCCGCCCCAACAGCAUCAGCAACAACAAUUGCAGCAGCAACAGCCACAACUACAGCAGCAGCAAAUGAAUCAACAGCAAGAAGCCAAUUCCCCUCUGCAGGCUGUGGUUUUACCCCAACAGAUGGGUUCACCUUCAACACUCGGAAUUCCGCAACACAUGAAUCAACAGCAACCCAGCCCACAGCAAAUGGUUCAAAGGACUCCGAUGAGCCCACCUUUGAGUUCCGGGCCCAUGCAUCCGAUGAGUACUGGUAACCCAGACCCAUGUCCAGCGAGUCCGGCUUUGAGCUCUCAAACAUUAGGCUCCGUUGGGAGCAUAACCAAUUCUCCUAUGGAUUUGCAAGGUGUGAAUAAGAGCAACUCUGUUACUAAUACAUAGUUGAACACAAUGACUCAUUUAUUGGUCAUGCUUCUCGAUUACCGUGGAUUGACGUAGCUAGCGGGCGCGGAAUCCGUUUAGCAUUUUACUGGACCAUUUUUUGCUUGUAAAUUCUUGUUCAUGGGAUAGUCAAUAGUGUCAGUUGUCAAUUUGUUAUGGCCAAGUUAUUUACAUGUAAGUCAAAGAACUAGUUCUAUUUUAUGUAGCAAAUUUUAUAUCAAGUACAAUAGUAAUCUAAUUACUUGAAUCAUAAUGUUCAGUUUAAGGGCAGCAAAAA